UCAAACUGCUUAAAUUAGAAAGAAUAGAGUAAACAUGUAGGAUUUAAGUUGAAUCUCUGCUGGAAACUAUCUCAUGGUUUAUUAAUAAAUUGCCCCAUGAAAUUAAGUGAAUAAUAGGUGAACAUAUCUCUGGUGGGACACAAGAACCUGGCAGUGGAGUGUGCAUGCAUGUGAUGGGCAGGAAUUUCUGAAGGUACGACCAGGCUCUGAGCUCAAGGUGCUGAACAUACAGAUGUGGGGUAUAGAAGACCUUGUGAAGGCAAAAGUUCUGGUGGUUCCUUGUGCUGUGGUGUCUCUUUACACAACAGGCUGGCUCUGGGCUCUGCUUUGCUGCUGAGGCUGCAGGAGGAGUCAGCUUUGGAAGGCAGCAUCUGGAGCAGGGGAGAGCAUGGUGGAGCACUGCUCAGGGGGUGCCUGCAGGCUGUGCAGGAGAGCAGUGAGGAAAUUCGGGACACCGGGAGAUGCAGCACAGUCAUGGAUGGAAACCAGUUCAUCCAGAGGAGGGGACACAUCCACCAAGGAAGCUAAAGGCUGCGGGGCUCAUUCAAGCAUUUCAGCCUGGCCUUAUCUCCUUCAAGAGUUCGUUCACGGUUCGCGCCGCAGCUGAUGGUUUGUGAGUCAGGAGCACACGAGGCUCUGCACUUUUGGUCAGCUCGGUGUCCCUGGGACAUCCCUGGAAGAGUUCUCCCACCACACACCCCCCUGGAGAUGUGACCGUGGUACAGCCCAGAGAACUGCUCCUUAAGAAUCCGAGGGAUCCGUGUUUGCAGGAGCCACUCUGGAGUUCCUUGUGCCCCAGCAGCGGCUGAGCCCAGCCAGGCAAGGAAGGGGAGAUACAUCUCUAAUUCCAGCCUGUGUCCAGAAGGAAAAGGGAAGGACCUGACACACAGGACCUUUCCAAACAGGACAGGAAGAUGUCUUCAUCAGUGCAGCUCUUCCGAGAUCAGAGGUACCACGAGCUGAAGGGGCAGUGCCUCCAGCAGGGCCGGCUCUUUGAGGAUCCUGAGUUUCCAGCCUCGGAUGAAUCCCUUUACUACGACUCAGCAGCAAAAGGGAAAGUGGAAUGGAAGCGGCCAAAGGACCUCUGUGAAGACCCCCACCUGCUUGUGGAUGGAAUGAGCUCCCACGACUUCCACCAGGGCAAGCUGGGGAACUGCUGGUUUGUGGCUGCGUGCUCCUGCCUGGCUUUGAGGAAAAGCCUCUGGCAGCAGGUGAUUCCAGACUCUAAGGAGCAGGAAUGGGACCCCAAAAACCCAAGGAAAUACGCUGGGAUUUUCCGUUUCCGUUUCUGGCGCUUUGGAGAGUGGACAGAGGUGGUGGUGGAUGAUCUGCUGCCAACAGAGGAUGGGGAGCUCAUCUACUGCCGUUCCAACGUGAGAAAUGAAUUCUGGAGUGCUUUGCUGGAGAAAGCUUAUGCGAAGCUGGCUGGAUCCUACCAAGCUCUGGAUGGAGGCUGUGCUGCAGAAGCCCUGGUGGAUUUCACUGGAGCAGUGGCAGAAUCCAUUAAUUUGGAAGAGGGCAAAUAUGGUGAGGUUAUUUCUGAGCAGAUGAAGCUGUUUGAAGACUUGAUGAAAGUGCAUAAAAGAGGAGGGUUCAUCAGCUGCUCCAUUUCGGAGGCCCCUGGCCGGCCCAGUGAAGCAGAGACAGGCAUGGGGCUGAUCGUGGGCCAUGCCUACUCCGUGACUGCCAUCAGGAAGCUGCGCCUCGGGGAGAGCCUCGUCUUCUCCUUCAAGGCAGAAAAGCUGUUCAUGAUCAGGCUGAGGAAUCCCUGGGGCAAAAAAGAAUGGCACGGUGCUUGGAGCGACAGUUCUGAAGAGUGGAAGAAAGUCAGCGACUCUGAGCGCAAGAAUUUGGGGCUCACCGUUAAGAACGAUGGAGAGUUCUGGAUGACGUUUGAGGACUGGUGUAAGAAUUUCACAGAUGUGGACAUCUGCAGGACUGUGAACACCUCCUGCUUCAGCCUCCACAAGACCUGGGAGAAGGAAAUUAUGUAUGGGGCUUGGGCAAAGCAUCCAGAGCCUCUGCUGAACCGAUCUGGGGGCUGCUUUGAUAACAGAGAGACCUUCCUGCAGAACCCCCAGUACCUCUUUGAUGUUAAGAAGGCCCAGGACAAAGUAUUGGUGUCAUUACAGCAGGAGGAUCGCCGCAAGUACAGGAAAGAAGGGAGAGGAGACAACAUCACAAUCGGCUUUGAAAUCCUCAAGGUGGAGGACAACAGAAGGUACAGGCUGCACAAGCUCACGGUGCAGGAGAGAGUGGCCACAUCUCCCUACUCCAACACACGCAGCGUGUUCCUGAGGAGGACCCUCCAGCAAGGCCGCUACGUCCUCGUCCCAACCACCUACAUCCCAGGUGUCCCCACAAAAUUUAUCCUCAGGCUCUACACAGAUGUGCCCUCAAAACUCAGGGAGCUGAAGGCAGAUAGGCCUAAAAUGACGUGUUGGAGUCUUCUUCGUGGCUACCCACGCAGAGUCACCCAAAUCAAAGUCCACUCUGCAGAGGGUUUGCAGAAACAAGACAGAUCAGGAGGAGCAGAUCCCUACGUGCUCAUCAAGUGUGAGAACCAAAGCCGGCGCUCCCCGGUGCAGCACGGCACCACCAGCCCCGUCUUCAACACCCAGGUGAUCUUCUACAGGAAGGACAUCGACAGUCCUGUCACCAUCCAGGUCUGGAGCAGCAGCCUCCUGAGCGACCGGUUCCUGGGGCAGGCGGUGCUGGCAGCGUCCCCCGGGGAGCCCCGCGAGCAGCGGAGGCUGCGGCUGCGGGGCAGAGGCGGCGGGGAAGCAGCCGAGCUGCCGGGUCACAUCAGCGUCACGGUGCUGUGCAGCGAUGACCUCGCCGAGCUCUGAGCGCCGCGGCCGCGCAGAGCCACACGGAG